ACAGAAAGAGGAAACGAUCCUUCGCUCUUCGUGCUAAUGUUGAACGGGCGCAAUAGGCAGAGAAAAGGAGGGAGGGAAAGGGGAGAGAAAAGAAAGGGGGAAUAGAGCUUAUUUUGGUCCCUCCUCCAGUUGCCAAUUUGGAGGAACAAUAAAACGCGAUUAGUGGCGAUUUGUAGCAGGGUCGCUAGGUAGCUAGCCACUUCAGUUAUUUUAUUAUUAUUGCCCCGCUAGCUAGCGAGCAAGCCGACUUGUGCAUACACGAUAUUUUUUUCAAUAAAACAAGCCCCCAACACACAAAACAACUUUUGAGUACAAGACCUAUAGCUUCGUGCUUGGAGGCGAUCGCUUAUAUACCAAGAUAUGGGGAGGAAGUCAAACAGAGCAAAGGAGAAGAAGCAGAGGCGUUUGGAAGAGAGGGCGGCCAUGGAUGCGGUGUGCGCCAAGGUCGAAGCAGCCAACAAGCUUGAGGAUCCUCUGGCUUCCUUCCCUGUGUUUAAGAAGUACGACAGGAACGGCUUAAAUCUGCAUAUAGAGUGCAAGCGUGUUUCAUCCCUGAACCCCAGCACAGUGGAGUGGGCGUAUGAGCUGACCAGAGCCAACAUGCAGAGUCUCUAUGAACAGAGCGAGUGGGGAUGGAAAGAGAGGGAGAAAAGGGAAGAAAUGAAGGAUGAGAGGGCAUGGUACCUCCUUGCUCACGAAGCCGACUCCACCCCCAUCGCGUUCUCUCACUUCCGAUUUGACGUGGAGUGCGGAGAGGAAGUACUCUAUUGUUAUGAAGUCCAGCUGGAGAGCCGGGUGAGGAGGAAAGGUCUGGGCAAGUUUCUCAUUCAGAUCCUGCAGCUCAUCGCCAACAGCACACAGAUGAGGAAGGUGAUGUUGACUGUCUUCAAACACAAUCAUGGUGCUUACCAGUUCUUCAGAGAGGCCUUACAGUUCGAAAUCGAUGACACCUCGCCGGGUGUGUCGGGGUGUUGCGGAGACGACUGCUCCUACGAGAUACUGAGCCGACGGACGAAAUUCGGGGAGGCUGUGGGUCAUGGGCACGGUGGAGGACACUGUGGGGGGUGUUGCCAUUGAGUGAAAGAGGGGGCCUUAUUUCUCAGUGAGAAACAGCCCCACCCCAGGCCAAACCACAGCCACCUGUUUUUCCCUCUACACCCCUCAACAUGUAUCAUAAAUGCAUUGCCCUAAUAUCUUCCCUUUAGUACCUGUGCUUGAGGUUUUGCCACACAGUGGAGAUUUUACACUCCCCAAAGAAUGACCAUAGGUUCCUUUAAAUAUAGAAUCUAUCUUGCUUUCUGUUUUACAUAUGGAGUAGUUACCAGUUUAGUAUAUUAAAACGGGUAGCAAUAUGAUUUAUUUACCACAGGUAGGAUUGGUCCCAGAAGGCAACAUUUCUGUUCAUAAAAUAAGUCCUGGGGAAUUUAGGAGCAUUUUGCAAACAUACAGGACAGCUAUUAUUGUUAUUACUUAUAAGUAACUAAUGUCUGAAGUGGGUAAUGUGUCUGUUAUGGAGGCUGAUUGUUGCACCUGUUAGACAGUCCCUACAGAUUAAUUGGCUAAAGCAGAAAGAUCGAUGUGAAUUGUGUUGCCUGAUAUGUGUGUGGAUUCAUGGAUGUGAACGAUAUGUGUUCUUUAUUUUGCAUCCUCUACAGUUAAAAAAAAGUUACAACUUUAAAUCUUAGCAACACAAAUAUCAUCUCUCAGGUUCCACAAAUGCAGGAUGUAUGUUUUAAUAUGGAUUUUAAAUGUUGUGGCAAAUGGGGGUUUGGGGGGGUAAUGGUUGUUUUUGGAGGGGUGAAAUGAAGGGGUGGAGGAUAGGGUGGGCAUGUGAGGUGUAUAAUAUCUACAUUUGGAAAAAGGCCUGUUACAGUUUGUUUCCAUUUUAUAUUUUUAUAAUCAUAUAAAGCUGUUUCUUAUUUUGUGAAAUCUCUGUCCCUUAUUCCUCCUUCCCUUUUUAUA